AUGAUAAUUUUCCGAGUCUCCGUGUUUCUGGCAUUGGCCACAUUCAGCCUCAAUGCAUGGGCGAAAUACUUAGGUAAAUGGGGCUUGGAGAACGUCGCCAUCUCCUGCCCUAACGACGGCUCUUGCACGUACAACUUCCGGAUCACCAGGGGCAUCGGGACUCCCGACCAGUUCUAUCGACACACGGAUUGCAAUUUCACCAUCAAGAGAUCCUUGGACCACCCCGCAUCGCAGGUCAACCUGACCGAGCAACCCUGCAAUGGCAGCUUCGACCAGUUUAAGAUCAGCGGCCAGUGGUACUACCGCGGUUUCAUCACCUUCCGCGUCACCCACGAGGUGUCGGACGGCUGGGCGUUUUUCGGCUAUGAGGCAUCGCAGGUCCUCAACUCCAACGCGUCGCGCAUGUCGGUCAGCGACUGCUAUCAGAUUGACACCUUCAAUGCCACGGAUCGGCCCCCAGGGUACCCGGGAGGCAACAAGGCUGAACCGUGGGUCGACACUGAAGAGUGA